UAAACAAACUUUGAAAACGCUGAUGAGAAUAGAGAUGUCCGAGUCUGCUUUGAAUCAAUCCGCUCCCUGCAUCCCCUUUGUUCCCAUUAUGUUGGCAACUUGGCUUGGCUUCUUUCCUUUCCUCAUGAUUAGACUUCAGCUGACUGACACAAGUAAAACACCAGUCUGGGAACCCUACAGCCUGAUUGCCACCCCCCACAAGGGUCAAGCCGCGCUCGUUAAGAAAAAGGGAAGAAGAAAACAGAAAACUGAGCUGUUUGCUGGGAGUGAGUCACCAAUGCUGAGGGUAUUUUCUUCUAUUAUUAAUGUUCAUUAUUUCUAUCUGAAAGUGGAAGGCCCAGCCUGAGAUAUUACUGGAAGAGUUUGGGUUAGGAUGAGGGGGUCCUGGCAGGUGUUUCCCCCUCUAGUCUUCUCCCUGCUCCUUCUCAUGCUUCCUCUGAAGGACAUCUCAACCUCACCUCUCUCUGGUAGAGCCCAAUCAACUCUGGUCUCUGGUGGGAGUGACAAUGGACACACCUGUCUUGGAUGUGUGCUUGUGGUAUCAGUAAUUGAACAGCUUGCAAUGUUUCACAACUGUACAGCAAAAGAAGCAAUAGAGAGACUCUGCAACUAUCUACCUGAAAUACUGAACUUGCAAGGCAUCUGUUAUUUGGUAGCUGAGCUUUAUGGACCAGAACUAAUUAAACUGUUAAAGUAUAAAUUGAAUGCUGAUGUGGUAUGCCAUUCCAUUAAGCUGUGUAAACAGAAUGCGGGACAACCAUUUUGUCAUUUGUACCCUCCUCCUCCGAAGAUGGGGCUGAAUAAGGCUGUAAGGAAAGCAAACAGGAUUGUCAGGAAUUCCAAAAUUCUGAAGAACACAGCCGGCUUUUCAAGUAUAUGUGCACUUCCCGUUCUGGUCAAGCUGUGUGAGAAGAUUAAAUACGCCAUAAAAAAUAACUUACCAUAUGAAGACUUUGAUGGAGAUAAGUUUAGUGCUUUCCCAACUUUGAGGGGAUAUCACUGGAGAGGCAGAGACUGCAAUGAAGGAAAAGCAACAGUGUACCCUGGUAGACGCCCAGAUAACUGGGAUGUGGAAAGGGAUUCUAACUGUAAUGGUAUAUGGGGUGUAGAUCCAAAAGAUGGAAUUCCAUAUGAGAAAAAAUUCUGUAAAGAUGCAGAGUCCAAGGGGAUCAUUCUGUUGGGAGAUUCAGCUGGAGCUCACUUUCACAUCCCUCCUGAAUGGAUGACAGCAGCACAGAUGUCUCUGAAAUCAUUUUCUGAUCUCCCAGUGGCUCUUACCAAUGAGCUUGACUGGCCCCAUUUCUCAGGGACCACUGGAUUUCUGAACUCCACAAUUGGAGGCUGGACAGACUCUCUCUAUCUACGUUUACGCAGAAGAAACCGCUGCAAUCACAGAGACUUCCAGAAUAUUUCCAAAAAUGGUGGUUCUUCAAAAAAUCUUCUGGAGUUAAUGAAAAGCUUGGCUAGGAAUCAACUGUUGGACAAUCCAGCCAUAGUUAUCUAUGCUUCAAUUGGGAAUGAUGUCUGCAAUGGGAGACCUGACACAGUGGCUCACAUGACUACGCCCAACCAAAUGCACUCCAAUGUCAUGCAGACGCUGCAAUAUCUAAACUCUCAACUUCCUAAUGGCAGCCAUGUCAUUUUAACAGGCUUGGUAGAUGGUCGCUUUCUGUGGGAUCAGUUACAUAGCAGAUACCAUCCUCUUGGUCAGCUAAAUAAAGAUAUCACAUAUGAACAAAUGUAUUCAUUCCUAAGUUGUCUUCAGAUCAGUCCCUGCAGUGGGUGGAUGUCUUCAAACGAAACCCUCCGGAACCUCACCUCAGAGAGAGCUCUACAGCUUUCCAAUGUCCUGAAAGAAAUAGCGAGAUCUGAGAUGUUUGCCAAUUUUGAUAUUUUCUACAUGGAUUUUCCACUGGGGAAAAUUGUUGAUGAGUGGCACAAACUAGGAGGAGAAAGCUGGCAGCUGAUAGAACCUGCUGAUGGAUUCCACCCUAGUCAGAUUACUUCAGCCCUGGGGGCACGUGUUAUCUGGCAGAAGGCACUAAGCGAAUGGCCCCAUAUGCUUGGAAAGGAGAAUCCCUUCAAUAAACAGAUUGAAGAUGUUUUCAAAGAUCAAGGGGGACACUGAGUUCAGCAUUGCCUGAGCCAUGCAGCACUGUUUAUUCUUACUAAUGUCUUCCAGGCUGCAAAGAAAAGAAACAAAGCCAGCCUCUUUUGGCCAGUGCAGCACUAUAAAGAGCCAGUACCUGUAUAGAUGAUGUAAAAGCCUUCUUUCCAAAAAGCGCUGUAUCUCAUCUGCAAAGCCACACAUGUGAGUAACUUAGGCUUUAGCUUUGGUUAUGUCUAGAGAGCCACGAAAAUAAAUCAACCACCUCGAUUUGCAAAUCCACAACAGGGCUUUCUCUGCCUCUAGUAAAUUGAAGAAGCCUACCUCAGAUUUCUUUGGUGAUCUCCCUGUGGAUGACUUCAACGAGUUUUGUUUGAUCGGCUUAAACCUUCGAUGUUGCUAUAAAUUGUAUGUAAUGGUUGGUGUGGCUGUGUCAGUCUAUUAUUAAAACUGCUAUUUGCUUAUUAAAAAUGUGCCAUGGAUGAC